UUUCUCAAACACACCCUUACUGACAUGUAAGUCUCGUCCCACCCUCAUUGCCAGUCUUCGGUCUUUGGCGCCACAAACUUCAGGUUUAUCUCUCCCAAGCAACUACGCAGACUGACUGAGGCCUGCUCAAUUAUCACUUUGACAGGAAACCAGCAGCACUGAGAGGGAUCUGCUGAGCUUCCUGUCUUUCAAGUCCUUGCAGACGGUGCAAAGUGCAAUAGAAAUAGACGUUUUGAGUUGUGAAUGUAAACACACAGAUGGAUUGUCAGAUGAGAAGCUCCAGGUUCCCUUGAAACUACCCGGGGUUUUUUGACUGCACACUUCAGCUGAAACAAAGGCGUUUGGGAUUUUUUCACACUCAACUGAAGGUUUAUUUUAAAGGAAAAUGGCCACCACUGCGGUGAUUCUUUCUAUCGUCUUGUUGGUCCUGGUUGUACUCUUGGUUUUCUUCUACAAGAAAUUGAAUAAGGAGGCAAAUAACCAAUACACAGUCCGGAACAUAAUAUACAAGAAAGGUGGGGUCAGGGACCGGGUGAGGACCGCAGCACUUGCUGUGGAAACACGUCUUGGAGUCCAGGUGUGGCCUCGCGGACAUGAUGAAGAGGAAGAGAUGGAGGAAAUUCGGGACGAGGAGGGAGAGGUGGAGUCUGGAGACAGCCAGCACCAGAGUGACGGGAGUGACACGGACGGAGAGAAUGAACAAGAAGAGGAUAGUGCGGACCACAGUGGUAGCACAAAGGAGAACGAAGGAGAUAACUCAGACGCGGAGAGUUCAGAAGCAGGGGAGGAAGUUAGGCUCAUAGAUAAUAAACCAGAAGAGAAUGAGGAGGUGGGGGAUAACAGUGAGGAAAAGCAGGAGAAAGAACAAGGCAAAGCAGAAGCAAGCGGUGGGACGGGAUUGUUGAUAGACCUGAAGCAGUUUUCUGGAAGUGCCAUCUGGUCAGAACAGAAAGAAGAUGAGAGUCAGGGCGGUGAUGUGACUGCACUGUGAAAACACGAGCAGAAUCUAUGAAGCAGGGAGGUGUGGAAAUGGGCUUUUUAUAAAGAAAAAGAUCAAGGAAGUCAGAGUGGAAAUCAUACCAUUUGAAAAUAAAAAUCUAAUUUAGAAAACAGUGACAGCACAGCUUCAGCCUCAUAAUGGCACAUCUUUUAUCUUCAUGCCUUUAGUGUUGACACAUCGGGGAAAACACAAUGGCUGAAUGAAGCCAUGCAUUCAGCCAUAUGAAUGGUUCGAAAAAUGGUUUGAAAAACCAUUCAAAUAUGCAUUUAAAUGGUUCUUGUAAAGUUUGUGUAAAGUUUCUCAUUUUGGACUUUAAAAUAUUUUUUAAGAAACCAAAAGAUAUAUGUCUUGCUUUUCAAUGUAAAUGGGUUCAUAAUAUUUUCUCAGUUGAGUAGUUAUUAACUCUCUGACUAUAUAUAUUGUAAAAGAGUAACAACUACUCAAAAGGUGAAUAUUUCAUAGUUAAAUAAAGGCUUUUAGUUGCUGUAUUCUCUAAAGAGUGAUUCUUUUUAAAUAAA